AUGCCGGCGGUCUUGCAGCCGCUCCUGACGGAUUUGGUCGAGAACCCACAGGUCCGUGAGGACAUUACAGUGGACACGCUCCGCUUUCUGGUUCAUGCGGCUGCACGGCUCCCGAGCCCGGGCCUCACGGGCAAGGAGCUGGAGGCUCUCGCAGACUGCACCAUCUCGCGGUUGCGUGGCAGUAGCUUUUCGAAGCAGGCGCACCUAAUGUUGUCGUGGCUGAGGCUGGUGCCAGACCCUUCAGCCAAAGAGGCCCACUUCAAAGCCUUGCGAGCUUGCGGCCAAGCCCUCAUGAAGCACCAGAAAUCGCACAUGCCCGCGCAUCCACUGCCCCACGAAGGACUUGCGCCUCUCAUGGCAGACCUGCUGGCACGUGAGGCCGAACAAAAUGCUCCGCCUCUGACCCCGCCGGUGAUGCAAGACAUCGUGAAGGGCCUCGUUGCAAUUAGUUGGGGCGUGCAACGCCACCAAUUCGCGCAGAGCCGGAGCAGGAGCCUGUCCAUCGAUGACUGGUCCGAGAUCAUGGCCGAGCUGGUCAAGUACUGUGAAUCCCACAGUAUCAUUGGACAGGCGUCUGCGUCCUCAAGCUCCAAUCGGAACACACUGACGCUGACCCCGGCAGCGCUUCUACCUGGCUGGGCGAAUCAGGCGCUAUUCCACGUGCUUUUCCGAGCGCAGCAGCAGCCCAUUCUUCGGAAUUCGCCCGAGAGAUGGGUGCAGCUGUCCUCGCUGCUCACUUUGCUCAGAUUGGUAAGGCGUCACAGGAACGUCCAGCCCGAUCCGGAGUUCUUUGCUUGGUCAGUCCGAUUGGUCGACGUGCACCAACGUGCUGGGAACGUAGAGGAGAGUUUGUUCGCUGACCUGGUUAACGAACUCGUUCCGCUGCUUCCAGAGAAGGAGAGAGCCAAGCUUACGAGAGUACUCAUGGCAAGGCGAAGCACAGAAGCCGAGCCCGAGAAAGUUCUGGCUCCUGGUCCUGAGCAGGGGCUGGCUCCAGCCCCCCGCUUGCUACAGAGGAGCGAAGAGGCUUCAGUUCAGGUCGUGCUGGCACCAGCGGUUCAUCCACAUGUGGAAGCGGGGGCCCUCGGCCUCACAGAGCCCGAGCCCGUGAAUCCUGUGAAUGUCUCCGCGAACAUCGGCGCCAUGGCCGGUGGCCGUCUCUGGGGUUUGCUUGCCAAAGCAGCCAAGCAGGCCGAGCAGGCCGAGCAGGCCGAGAGCACUGCAGCGACUGCGGCGAGCACCAUGCUGCACAGCGCAGAGGUCGAAGAGGCCCCGAGCUCUCUCGGCUUAGCAUCCAGCCAAGCCCAAGAGUCUCAGCAGUCGGACGUUCGCACCCCUCAAGUGCCGACGGCCACAGCGACGGUGGAGGACCUGCAGCGAAUGUUGCAGAGCGCCUUGCUACGAGUUGAGGCACUGGAGUCCAGGCUUGCGGAUCAGGAGCGGGAUGCUGCGAAGGCGAAAGAUGCCAGCGAGGAGCCCUUUGAUGACUCCACGCACAGGUGCGGCCAAAGCCAUGGCGACGGAUGGCUCACGCAAAUUCUCGAACCCGUCGCGGAGCAAAUCCAGCCGUCGUCAGCCGCAGCAACCCUGCACUUGCGACGUGCUUUCAACUUCGAGCAGUUUCGUCGGGCUCACUCCGCGAGGCUGGACACCGAGCGCAUGCGCGUCAUCGUCCCUCCCGACCACUUCCCGCUGUGGCCCAUCAUGAAGAAGUAG